CACAUGAUCGGCUGCGUCCUCUGUUCGCCCGGCUGCUUUUCGCUGUUUCGCGCCAAGGCGCUGAUGGACGACAAUGUGAUGAUGAAGUACACGACCAAGUCGGACGAGGCGCUGCACUACGUCCAGUACGAUCAGGGCGAGGAUCGGUGGCUGUGCACGCUGCUGCUGCAGCGCGGCUACCGCGUCGAGUACUCCGCCGCCUCUGACGCGUACACGCACUGUCCGGAGGGCUUCGGCGAGUUCUACACGCAGCGCCGCCGGUGGGCGCCCUCCACCAUGGCGAACAUCAUGGACCUGCUGGGCGACUACAAGCGCACGGUGAAGGUCAACGACAACAUCUCCUUUCCCUACAUCGUCUACCAGGGCAUGUUGAUGGUCGGUACCAUCCUCGGACCGGGCACCAUCUUCCUGAUGUUGGUGGGCGCCGUCAAUGCCGUCUUUCGCAUCUCCAACUGGGACUCCUUCAUCAUGAACAUUGUGCCCAUUCUCUUCUUCAUCCUCAUCUGCUUCGUCGCCAAGAAUGACAUUCAGAUCUUUGUGGCGCAGGUGCUCAGCGCCGCCUACUGCCUCCUGAUGAUGGCCGUCUUUGUCGGCCAGGCGAUCCAGAUGACCGAGGACGGCCUGGGCUCUCCCUCUGCCAUCUUCUUCCUCUCCCUCACCGGCAGCUUCAUCGUCGCCGGACUGCUCCACCCACAGGAGCUGAGCUGCUUGGGGCCGUUGUUGCUGUACUUCCUCAGCAUUCCCUGCAUGUACCUCCUGCUGAUCAUCUACUCGCUGAUCAACCUCAACGUGGUCACCUGGGGCACCCGCGAGGUGCAGUCCAAGAAGACCAAAAAGGAGCUGGAGGAGGAGAAGAAGGCAGCCGAGGAGAUGAAGAAGAAGAGUCUGCUCGGAUUUUUGAACAUGGGCGAGGGUGCGCAGGAGGAGGGCAGCAUCACCUUCUCGCUGGCCAAUCUCUUCAAGUGUCAGCUCUUCACGUAUCCGAAACCCAACGAAGAGGCGAUUCACCUGAUGAAGAUUCAGGACCAGCUGGAGACGAUCAACAGCAAACUGGAGCGAGUCGAGAAAGUGGUCGACCACCACCACCACCAGAAGAGCAAGCAGAACGCAGGCAGUCGUGCGGCGCUAAGCACCGUCAAUGAUGAGAGCGCCGAUGGAAAGACGCUGGACGAGGAUGACUGCUCCAGGAGUGAUCGCUCACUGGAUGGGAGCUCGCUGAAGCUGGACGACGAUGACCACCACGUGCGGCACGAACGGGACGACCUGCUCAACCCGUACUGGAUCGAGGACAAGGAGCUGAAGAACGGCGAGGUGGCCUACCUCCACCCGGCCGAGGUGCAGUUCUGGAAGGACCUCAUCGAGAAGUACCUCUACCCGAUUGACAACGACAAGUCACAGCAGGCGCGCGUCGCCUCUGACCUGAAGGAGCUGCGCAAUCGCGUCUUCUUCGGCUUCUUCAUGAUCAACGCUCUCUUCAUUCUGUCCGUCUUUCUGCUGCAGCUGAACAAGGAGAUACUGCACAUUGACUGGCCGCUGGGCGUCCGCGAGAACAUCACCAUCAACCCAGAGACGAACGAGUACAUCGUCGACAAGGAGUACCUCGAGCUGGAGCCCAUCGGCCUGGUCUUUGUUCUCUUCUUUGGCUCCAUCCUGAUCAUACAGUUCGUCGGCAUGAUGUUCCAUCGUUUCGCCACGCUGUCGCACAUUCUCGCUUCGGUGGAGCUAAGCACCAAUAAGAAAGACGACGACGUCAGCGGCGAUGACUUUAUCGACAAGAACGCCAUUCAGAUUGCCCGACAGCUGCAACGACUGCGUGGUCUGGACGAGGACGACAAGAGCUCAGAGGAGUCGCCGUACGGCAAUCGAGUGGACAAGCGAAAGAUCGUCUACAAUCUCGACCGAAGGGCGCACAAGCAGAACAAAGUGGGCACGCUGGAUGUGGCCUUCCGCAAGCGAUUUCAGCACUUUUCCAACAACCUUAACGAUGGAACCCCAAUUCUGGGCACUCGCACCAAAGAGCGCCUCCUCGCGCUGCAGCACCGAAAGGACCUUCGAAUGGGUAACUUCUUUGAUGGCGGGGUGGAUGGCGGUGGCGGUGGCUACCGCGGCAACGGCAAUCCCGGCAUGCAGACACUAGGAGCAAAGAAUGAAUUUGUGCGCAACAACCGGCAACGGUCGACGCUGGACAUGAACACCAAACGACCGUCAAAGGGACCGGCACCGACGCCGCCUCAGGGCAGCGGCAUGCACAACAGCACCUUCAAGAACGACUCCGAUGAUGAGCAGCAGCACCAGCAGGUGAUGGGCGGUGGAGGUAACUCGAGGAACCCCACCAACACCAUCAAUCUCAGUCUGUACGAGUCGACGCCCAAGAAUGGCUCCAGUAUGCGGAGAGGGGGCGGCCCUGGAGGUGGUGGCGGUGGUGGUGGUGGACGUGAGCUAAACAACUCUGAAGUUUAA